CACCGAACCACUAAGCUGCUGCGCUGGGUGGCGUUGCCAAUUGAGAUGAAGAGCCAUCCUGCGGAUACCGCCUCCUGCCCCAGUCGCUUUUUCCUGCUCUGGCUAUGGCCUCUUCUGCGUGAAGGGGCAAAGCGACCUCUCAAAGAAGAGGAUAUCUACGAGAUUCCGCGACCCCUCAGGGCAGAGGCAUUGGAUCCUUGCUGGCACCGUAACAUCGGAGCGAAAACAGGCCACACAUCCAUCCUGUGGCUGCUCCUCAGAACCUUUGGCUGGAGAUAUAUUUUCAUCCUCUUCACCUUUACCUUCUGGCUCAGCAGUCUUUCAAUGGUUCCACUGCUCACAGACACUCUCUUUCAGUGGCUGGCGACAGGCGACAGCACACUGGAGGGCUUAGCUUGGUCCAUGCUGCUUGUAGGGAGCUACCUGGUGAAUUGCAACUCCGCCUGCCAGUGGUAUCAGCAAACCACCCGUUUAGGCUGCGAGCUUCGGGCAUCGGCCGCCAUGAUGGUCUUUCGCAGAAGUCUCCAACUGCGGGUGCAAGAUACCAACAGAGAUGCUGCACUGAAUUUGUUGCAGGUUGACACGGAGAGGUUGUACAUUUUCGCGCAGUUGAACCACCUCAUUUAUGUAGCAUUGGUCGUGGUGACAGUGUCCAUGAUCUAUUUGCGCAUGCAGCAGUGCAGCGACCAACGAAUCUCGCUGACGGCGGAGAUCCUUGACGCUGUAAAAGUCUUAAAAAUGUAUGGAUGGACCGACGCCUUGCAACGCAGAGUGGAGGAGAUUCGGAACAGAGAGCUUCGUCAUGCUCGCGUCUAUUUGGGCAUCCGAGCAUUUAGUAGCGCUCUUCUAUACUCUUCUCCGUCCUUGUCCAUGGCCUCGGUCCUUUUGAUGAUGUAUCUUCAAGGGAAGGAGCUCUCGGCUGAGCGGGUCUUCAUCAUUUUCACGACCAUCGGCCUCUCCCGUGCACCCUUGGGCGGUGUCAGCAUGGGCGUCACCGCCGUGGUGGAUGGCCUCACGGCCUUCCGACGGCUCAGCGGCUUCGUGGCCCAAGGCCAUUUUGACCUCUACCAGGAGGACCUCCUAGGCCAGCCUGACAAGCCAGUCCCCACCCCGGGGCUGGACGGGUGCUUUGAAUGUGCCAGAGUCUCGGGAUGCUUUUCCCAUCGCACAAAGCCAUGCCUGUCUGUGGAGCUCGAGCUGAAGCCAGGUGAAUUAGUUGCGGUCUGUGGGAAGGUGGCGGCAGGGAAAUCCUCGCUUCUCCUGGCCCUGCUUGGAGAGAUGCAGGGCGGCCAUAGCAACGUGCCGUCAGGUGUCGCAUAUUUGGCGCAAAGCCCAUGGAUUCGGUCUGGCACUGUUCGAGAAGCUGUCGUGCAAGAGCUUCCCUUUGAGAAGAAGCAUUACUGGCGGGCGGUGCGCGCUGCUCAGCUGCUUCCAGAUUUCCGAGCAUGGAAGGGAGACGGCCAUCCGGUUGGCGCCAGGGGUGCCACACUCUCUGGCGGCCAGCGAGCAAGGCUUGGCCUGGCACAGAUCCUCUACCGUUGUUUGGUAUCUGAUGUGAACCUGGUCCUCCUGGAUGACUGCCUAGCAGCCGUGGACGUCCAUGUGGCGAAGGCCAUUUGCGAAGAAGCUCUGCUGGGCGUGUUGCUGGAUGGCCAGAGGACAGUGGUGAUGGUCAUGAACUCCAGCCUUUUGGCACUUCCCGAGGCUCAUCGCAUCGUUCACCUGGCGCCCUCGUCCAGCUCUGCGAGCGAGUGUGAAAGCGGUGCGCCCUCAUCGGCGCAGGUCUUCCCAAGCCUUGAAGCAUGGCACACAGCUGUUGGUGACAAAGGUCUUCCGCCGAAAGCCUCGAAGAUCCAGAGGAAGUGGGUGUCGGAUGAGGAGGAGGCGUUUGAGGCCGAUGCUGGGGCCGUUCUAGAGAAGGCAGAGGUGUCGAUGCUGGGAAGACUGAGCUGGAAGACCUUAACCUAUUAUUUUGGAUCUGGGCGUCCUGGUCUUGGCUUGGGCUGCCUGGCCUGCAUCUUGACCAGCAUGGCCUCUGUUGAAGCCUUGCGCGUGUACUCCGACCACUUCAUGGCGGUUUGGGCUGAUAGGGAUUCCUUGAAUUCUGAGGAGGAUUCCUCCAAGGACUUCCAAACCUAUGGUGCCUGGAUGACUUUCGCCCUCGUGGGUGCCUUCCUUCGUGCAUGGCUGGUGGUCGCCUUGGCCCUGAGGUCUUCACGUGAGCUUCACACGCGCUUGUUCGGGCGUCUGAUGGCGGCUUCCUUGGACUUCUUCGAGUCCACGCCACGGGGGCGGAUCUUGGGGCAUUUCUCCAAGGACAUCGAUGCCGUGGAUGCCCUGCUGCCGCAGUACUUGUUGGACUUCCUGCAGGACAUCACCAUGCUCCUGGGCAUCGUGGUGGUUUGCGUUUCUUCCACGCCUGUUGCCGCUGUGGCCGUGGCACCGGUUCUGUUCGCCUUCUACCGGAUUCGCAGCUUUUUCAGCUGCACUGCAAGGGAGACGAAGCGCCUGGACGGGGUCACCCGUGGUCCGCUGUACUCUGCGGUUGGCGACGUGGCAGAUGGCCUGGCCACGCUUCGGGCCCAUCGACAGCAGAGGAGCCUGGUGCAAGACUUCCAGAAGAUCUUGGACCGCAAUGGGAAGGUCUUCUUUCAAACCUCGGUCCUUCAGCCCUGGUGCAUCCUGGUGUUGGACAGCUUGGGUUCCGCCAUCGUUUUGAUCACCUCAGUCUUCUGCGUCUUCUUGCGGGCGGACUUGGAGGCCCGCACCUCUACGAUGGCCAUCUCCUACGCUUUGAUGACCAGAGGGAAGCUCCAGUUUUGCAUCCGUCUCUCAAUCGAAACAGAAAAUCAGUUUGUAGCUGCUGAACGCCUUCAGAUCUUCGAGGCCCAGCUGCUCUCCUCCAUUGAGGCGCAUCCUGAGGUGAAGGAGGUCUCGAUGCCAGUGGAGUGGCCCCAAGGCGGUGCCAUCGACUUCCAGGAGGUAAAGAUGCACUACCAAGUGAGCUCGCUGGAACCGGUGCUGAAGGGCUUGAGCUUGAAGGUGAAGGCUGGUCAGAAGGUAGGGCUGGUCGGCCGCACAGGUAGUGGGAAGUCGAGCUUGUUGAGCGCACUCCUGCGGAUCGUGGAGGUGACCUCAGGGAAGAUCUUGGUGGAUGGCCUAAACAUCGCGCAGGUGCCAGUGGCCCGCCUUCGAGCAGCAAUCUCUCUGGUGCCCCAGGAGCCGAUCCUCUGGAGCGGUUCCAUGGCAGAAAAUCUGGAUCCCAGCGGCCGCAUUGGAGAAGAAGAGUUGGUUGAAGCUUUGCACAAGGUGCAUCUCCAUGAGAUGUUGGCUCCCAUGGGUGGCAUUGCGGCUGCUGUGGAGAUGCGUGGCAACAACUUCAGCCUCGGGCAGAGGCAAUUGAUAUGUAUUGCUCGAUGCAUAGCCAGAAGCUCGCGCAUUGUCUUGGUGGACGAAGCAACAUCCUGUGUGGAUGGACAGACAGAUGCGCUCAUACAAGAGGCAUUUCAGAAAGACUUCAAGAACUGCACCAUGCUAGUCGUGGCACACCGCCUACAGACCGUCAUGGAUUCAGACCUCAUCGCAGUCUUGGACUCGGGGCGAGUGGUGGAAACAGGCCAUCCUGAGAGCUUAGCUGCUCAGAAAUCCUCCCACUUCGCUGGUUUGUUGCGAGGAUCUCACCUGGUGCCCUGGCGCAGAAGUCAGAGAGAGAGAGAGAGAGGGAGAGAGAGCUGAGAGGCUUUGGUACGGAGGAUAUGAAUGACUGAAGCCAUGGUGGACAUUGGUGGAUGGAAUUUUCCACCCACAACGUUUGCUCGUUCUCCAGAAGGGUCUUGGACGUGUUGGUCAUGAAGCCGCGUUCGACCACGCACUGAGCCACUUUAAGGCACUGUAGCUUGGCUGUUCUCUUCCUCCCAAGCUACAUCCUGCCUCUCCUGCCGCUCAUCCUGUUCCAAAGGAAACAACUAGCAGAAUUCGUUUGGAUUGGAAGCUACCCUUCCAAAAACCAACGCAGAUGUGCAUGAUGGGCG